AUGAGGCGUCGCAGACGCGUUCAAAGACAUCCAAAAAAAACAGUUAUUGAACUACCAAAAGUGAAGCUGAGGAUUAAGGUCAAAACUGUGGAGUUUGAUAAUUGUGAAGUUAGUGUUGAUAGUAAGUUUGUUCAAGAGAUGUUACGAUUACCAUCUGGUGGCUCGUUACUUUCAAACAUGGAUUACAUUUCGGAGAAUAAUGAAGAGAGUUAUAUGUUUGAGUGGAAGAAACAGUAUGAAAAUAUUGAUAAAUUGAGAUUGAAACAGCUAAAGAAUGAACUUGUUCAAACUAGUGUUGCGGAUGACAACUUCAGAAUCAAUUUUUUGGUUCUUUAUAUUAAUAUUUUCUGUGAGUCUACAAGCAUGGAGAAGAUAAGGUUUCUUGAGGAUAUUUUACAAGAGAGUGGAGGAUUUGGAUGUGGACAUGCUAAUGAAGCAUAUGUUGAAGAAGAAUUUCAAGAAUCUGAGUAUAAUGAGGAGGAAUCUGGUGGUGAUGAGGUUGAUUCUGAUGAUGAAGAGGAUUUAUGUGAUGAGGAUGAAGAAGAUUUUGAUGUUAAUAAAAUUAGUGAUGUGGAGGUGUAUGAAAGUAAAAUUUCAUAUAUGUAUCAAAAGAUGGAGGAUUUGAAAAGGGAUCUUGUUGUAAAGAUAGAUGAGGGAGUGUUGAAGUUUCCUCAAAGGGGAAGAAGUGGUCCACAUGAGGGUAAUAUUGGUAAAAAUCACGUUGAAGGUAAAGGUGAUUAUGAUGAAGAUGAUGAACAAGGAAGUGGAAGUGGGUGUAAUAAAGAGGAAGACAUGAAUUUAAAUUUUGUUGUCGAAAAUGUUACUAAGAGUGUGGGUCUAAUUGAUAGCCAGGAAGGGACUGUAAAUUUGGGUGAGGAUGAUCAUAAGAAUAAAGUAAUUUCGGAUCGUACUGUUGAUAAAAUUAUUGUAGCAAAGAAGGACGGAGAAGGUGAAGAUGUUGAAGAUUGUUCAAAUAAAAAUAAAGAUGGAGAAAAUGUUGAAGAUUGUUCAAAUAAAAACAAGGAUUCAAAUGAGACUCGAUCAUUGAAAAAUGAUCGUGUUCUAAGUUUUAGUCUUGGAUUUAGUCAAGAUUCUGAAGGUUCCAAGAAGUCAUCUCAGAGUCAAAUUUCUUUUGAACGGAUGACAAAGAAAAAUAUUAAGGAUAGAGUUAUUUUGGGAAACCCAAGUGUUGGUCCAGAGUGUGUUAUUCCAAAUGUUGAUGUUAUUGAUGCUAGUCCAAUUUCUUUUGCACCUCCUUUGGGUACAUUAGAAGGACCAUCAAAACUUGUUUCUGGCAAACAUAAUGAUAUAAAUGAAGAAGCAACCUCAGUAGUGGAUGUCAAAGGAAAGAGACAAAUGAAGUUUUCUUAUGUUUAUAAGUCGCCAUUUAAGGAAAGGUUGAUUGAUUUUAAACCUAGUUUGACACAAGUAGAAAAUGUUGUUUGUGAAUGGCUUUUCAGUCUUCAAGGAAAUCCAGGGUAA